UGCGUUGCAAGGGGAAUUUCCGAAGUGGACCACCGAUAACAUGCUGAGGUGCGUUAAAGACUUCGAAGACGAAUUGAACUUUCCAAACUGUCUUGGUGCCGUCGACGGGAAGCAUGUGGCGAUACGGGCCUUCACUAAUAGCGGAACCCUUUUUUACAAUUAUAAAGGAUUUCAUUCGAUUGUUCUUAUGGCAAUCUGCGACGCUCACUACCGGUUCACUUAUAUAGAAGCCGGGGCGUUCGGAAGCGAGGGAGACAUGAAAAUGCAUUUGGGAUUCUUAGUGCACGGUGGAUGGCUGUGCAACGUACUUGAGCAACCCGAGCAAGUCUCAGAAAGUUAUUGCAGCCUGUUGUGCCCUGCAUAAUUUUUUAAUGCGGAAAAAUCCUACAACUUACACGUUGCACGAAGUACCGAGCAACGUGCUUGUCGAUCUGCGAGCCUG